AUGGCGCGCUGGGUGUGCUUUCUUCUGAUCCCCCUCGCAACAGGGAUCCGGUCAAAGAGCGAUACGCCCUGGCCGUGGGAGGAGCAUCCGGCGAGCUCGGCGGAGGAGCUUCAGGAGCUCCUGAGAACCGCGCUGGCGCAGACAAGACCAAAUGAGGCCACCGGGGAAGAGCCUGGCGAUGCAGUAGCACAGGAGGAGGCGCUUAGAGAGCGGAUUGCCAGCAUCAGGAAAGACUGGCAGAGCGCAAGCGCAACCGCUUGCCAUCGGCAGCUGGGGCGGUUGAUAAACAACGUCACGCUUGCAUGCGAAGGCUUGCAGCCGAAAGCCGACUGGCUUCUCGACUACUACGUGCCGGCCCUUCCGAACAAGACGUGUGCCGAGAGCACCAGUGACAUCUUCGCUUUAGGAAGUGAACUUGUGGAAACCCUCCACGUCUCCAGAGAUGCGGUUGCUUCCGUGGAUGUGGCCGGCGAAAUGCUCCGUCGAUAUCAAGCACUCUCCUUUCUGAGGAGCUGGCUGGUGAAGCUGACAGAGACUCGUCAACAUGCAUUGCUUUGGGCUGGCUUCUGGGAUGGGGACCCCGAGAACCGCGCGACCCAGGCCGCACUCUCCAACUUUGCCAAGGCAAUCGAGCACGCGACCGUGCACCCGAACACCUUCCUGGGCCAAGCCAUCGAGGCGAGCGAGAACCUCGACGCCUGCUACCAAGAUGCCCUGACCAGAGCGCUUGCAGGGAACAUGUGGUCCAUCGCAAGCAUGAGCUUCGUGCUCGGGAUGCGCGAAAGGGCACAAGGAACGGUCAUCGCAUUGGUCAACAAGCAGAUCGCGGGCGAGCGUAGCUUGUCGCAGUCUGUGCUGUCCACGCAUGAAAUCCCAACAGUGGGGCUCGCAGCCUGGGGCCUCGGGUUCUGGUCUCCAAAAGUGCUGGUCGUGGACCUCAUGGGCACAUGCGACAAGACGAGCCCUGCGCUGCAGAAGCGGCUCCUAGCCCGCCUGCCGUCUUGGGCCAAGUCCAUGACGAACUGGAGCCCAGAAGCCUUCGCGACGAGGUCGCGGCUCCAGUGGCAGUGCAUCGACUGCUCGGGCGCUUGCAGCCUGGACGAGGCCUUGGCAAGGCACGUGGAGAAGCUGGUCGAGGCCAAGGAGGAGCAGGACCAGAAGGACCAAGAGCUCCGAUGCGCCUCCUCCGCCGGCACCGAGGCGCUUGCUGCGCCCAAGCCGCGCAAGCUUCGAUCGCCAACCCGCCGUUUCCCGGCAGUCGAUCCGGUUUCGACGCAUUUCGGGCGAUGCCCCGUUCGGGCUGGAGGUGGAUGCUUCGAAUCUGGAUGGCUUCCUGCCAGUUGCUACUUCCAGAUCCAAGUCCAACCGGGGCCGCGGGUAAGGCUGCCGCUCGCCCUGGGAAGAGGCUUCCUUCCCGGGAGAGUUCUCCACGUGUAUCUCGGUGGUGGCAAGUGCUGUACAACCGAAUGGAGCGCUUGCGUCGGCGGUGCGGACUCGAGCUUCUGUAAGGGCGACAGGCUGUCCUACCUUGGUGGCGGCAAGUGCUGCGUGACAGGUUCCUCGUACUAUGUCAAACCCACUUGUGCCGAGGGCACACGUGACUUCUGCAAAGGCUAUCCAUGGAAGUACGUCGGCGGCAGCAAGUGCUGCGCUUCGAAGCAAGCGAGCUGCGAGAAGUACUACGAGAGCUCGCGCUGCAGCAGCCAGGGAGGAGACUACCUGGGGAACGGCAAUUGCUGCUGGAAUUCAUGA